AUGACCAUACUCAAGUUUGCGCCGUUCAGCACCAACAUUCAUCCGACUUUCUGGCAUGAACUUUCAUCGCUCAAGAUCGACAAGCUUCAACUUAGCGAUGAGUCGGUGGACAUUAUCGCUCGCUACUCCGCAGGUAAAGUUGUCCUGGAUCGUCAGACUGGUGAAGCAGUGUCGCUUGGCAGUCAGAUCAGCUUGGACGCGACCAGUUUGCAAAGCGACAAGGUGUCGCACGACUCGAAUGCCACCCAGAUUGCUUCGACAUCCGAAUCCACUCUUCCGCCAUCUGCUUCACAAAACGAAUUCGUGCUCUUUGCUCGUGGCAUCCUCAAGAACUUCAACACCAUCGAAGCUUUCCGCAAUGCAGACAAGCAGGCAAUCUUUGAUUCGACCCUCCAAGACAUCUGGAAGGGCCUGGCUACUAAGGAGCAGCAUCCCGAACCCUUUUUGACCUCCUUCUUGGCUCUCACCUUCGCGGAUCUCAAGAAAUACAAGUUCUACUACUGGUUUGCGCAUCCUGCCCUCGUCACGAACCCGCCCUGGGAGCUCGCCGACGGCGGUGUGGGCGCAGACGCUUGGAAGCCGAUUGAUUCGAUCUUCGAGUCUGCUCAUUGCAACAUUCUCGCGACAUGGAUACUACAAAACAGUGAAGCAAAGGGCUUCUUCCUGUUCAAAGCAGCACGCCGUGGAGAUGCUCAGUGCGGUAGGAUAUCCACAUUCGAUGCCUUCUUCAAAGGAGUGCCGGAGGACGAGCGCUACAUCGGCUUUGUGGAUCCAUCAGGUGCAUCACAGACCCCGGGUUGGCCACUCCGCAAUCUCCUCGCGUAUCUUCACGCCCACUUUGGUGUCGAAGAGGCCCAAGUGAUCUGCUGGAAAGAUGAGCCGGGAGCCGGGUUUACAGCGAUAGAGCAGCAGAAUCGGCUUCGCAGUGUGGUGGGCCACGUCCGUCUUCCAGCCGCCAUCGCCGCAAAAGAUGGCGAUGGCCCGUCGAUUUCAGGACUUCAAUAUGGAGGCAAAGCAACAAGGAUCACUUGCAAGGCAAACGACCCUUCCUUGCCGAGUGGAGUGGGCUGGGAGAGAAAUGUACAGGGCAGAUUGGCUCCAAAGGUAGCAGAUCUCGGCCCCAUCAUGGAUCCAAGAAAGCUAGCAGAUCAGGCGGUCGACCUCAACCUCAAACUCAUGCGCUGGAGAAUCAUGCCCGAGAUCAAGCUCGAGACCAUUCAAUCCACCCGCUGCCUCCUUCUUGGUGCAGGAACGUUGGGCUGCUACGUUGCUCGCGCCUUACUUGGCUGGGGUGUGCGUCAGAUCACGUUGGUAGACUCAGCCAAAGUCUCCUUUUCGAAUCCAGUGCGACAGCCGCUCUUCGAUUUUGAAGAUUGUCUCGACGGCGGACAGCCCAAAGCAGAGUGCGCAGCGAAAAAGCUGAUGCGUAUUUAUCCAGGUGUGGAAGCCAAAGGUAUCAGCCUUAGCAUACCCAUGCCGGGACACCCAGUACCACCAAGCAGUGAGCAACAGGUCAAGGCGGAUGUUGAAAGAUUGGAAAAGCUGGUGGACGAGCAUGAUGUCAUUUACCUUCUCAUGGACUCGAGAGAAAGUCGAUGGCUUCCGACAAUGUUGGGCGCAGCCAAGUGCAAGCUGGUGAUCAAUGCUGCGUUGGGAUUCGACAGCUACUUGGUGAUGCGUCAUGGUGCCCCGCCCGACUCUGUCAAUGCGAGCGUACCGGCGGUGCAAGGAACUGAUGCGAGCAAGAGCUGGCACGGGCGUCUUGGCUGCUAUUUUUGCAACGAUGUGGUGGCUCCAUCCGACUCGCUGACCGAUAGGACGCUAGACCAGAUGUGCACAGUCACGCGACCUGGUCUCGCAGCAAUCGCAGGUGCGUCCGCAGUCGAGCUGAUGGUCUCAGUGCUGCAACAUGAUCUGGGUCUGCACGCACCAGCCACGGCGGGCGAAUCAUCGAGGCAAGGCGUGGAGGAUGCACAGGCCAUUGCAAAUGCCACGACCGUCCUCGGCAUAGUUCCACACCAGCUACGCGGGUUCUUGGCGCUGUUCAACACGCUGAGAGUUGUUGGACAAGCAUACGAUCGUUGCACCGGCUGUAGUGCUUCCGUGGUCGAAGCUUAUCGGUCGAAGGGAUUUGAGAUGCUUCUUCAAGCUUUCAACGAAGAUAAGUAUUUGGAGCAACUGACUGGGCUGGACAAGAUGUACGAGGAGGCUGAAGAGCUUGAAGCUGCGUUGGAUUGGGAUGUUGAGGAUGAGGACGAAGAUGACGCUUUCUGA